GAAGGUGCACACCUCUGUCUGUGUGUGUGCUGCCUCUGCAUCAGAUCGGACUGCAUCAGAAUCAUAACAACAACAGUAGUCUGAAGCUCAAAGGUGAUCCUGGUGCAGUGACUGUCCUGUGCCGUCUCUCUGCGCCCUGUAUGUCCCCCGGCCACCCCCGGCCUGUCAUAGAGACACUGAGCUCAGGGACUGCGCUGCUGUAGGACCCCAUGGCUCUGGGCCCUACAUCCUCCUCCAUGGGCCCCUGGUCCUGGCUGGCUGAGCGGCUAAUGCUGGGGCCCCUGCUGGUCCUGCUGGUGUCUGGGCUGGGCAUGGCCCUUGGUCAGAGGGUUUACACCAACACAUGGGCCGUCCAUAUCGCUGGAGGACCAGACGAGGCUGACCGCAUUGCCGGUAAACACGGCUUCGUCAACCAUGGCAAUGUAUUUGGUGAUAUCUAUCACUUCCGGCACCGUUCUGUGGAGAAGAGGUCUCUGUCGGAUCACCGAGGGACGCACGUCCGUCUACAAAAAGAGCCUCAGGUGACGUGGGCAGAACAGCAGGUGGUGAAGAGUAGGAAGAAGAGGGACAUCUACACGGAGCCCUCGGACCCCAAGUUUACCCAGCAGUGGUACCUGUACAAUGCUAAUCAUCGUGACCUGAAUGCUAAAGGUGCGUGGGAGCUGGGCUACACUGGGAAGGGAGUGGUGGUGUCCAUCCUGGAUGAUGGUAUAGAGAAGAACCACCCAGACCUUAUAUCAAACUAUGACCCAGACGCCAGCUAUGAUGUGAACGAUGGCGAUCCAGACCCUCAGCCACGAUACACACAACUCAACGACAACCGGCAUGGGACUCGUUGUGCAGGAGAGGUGGCAGCGAUGGCCAACAAUGGGAUCUGUGGAGUCGGGGUGGCCUACAACGCCAGGAUUGGAGGAGUGCGUAUGCUGGACGGCGAGGUGACAGACGUGGUGGAGGCCCAGUCUCUCAGUCUGAACCCACAGCACAUCCACAUCUACAGUGCCAGCUGGGGCCCUGAGGAUGAUGGGAAGACGGUGGAUGGACCUGCCAAGCUAGCCAAGGAAGCCUUUCUGCGCGGCGUGACCGAGGGUCGUGGGGGCCUGGGCUCCAUCUUUGUGUGGGCAUCAGGGAACGGCGGACGUGAGAAGGACAGCUGUAACUGUGACGGCUACACCAACAGCAUCUACACCCUGUCCAUCAGCAGCUCCACCCAGAACGGCAACGUGCCCUGGUACAGCGAGGCCUGCUCCUCCACCCUCGCUACAACCUACAGCUCUGGCAACCUCAAUGAGAAACAGAUAGUGACCACGGACCUCAGACAGAAGUGUACUGACACCCACACGGGCACCUCUGCCUCGGCUCCACUGGCUGCUGGGAUCAUUGCCCUCGCACUGGAAGCCAAUAAAAACCUGACAUGGAGGGACAUGCAGCACUUGGUCGUGAGGACCUCUCAUCCCGCCCACCUCCUCACCAACGACUGGAAUACCAAUGGGGUCGGACGAAAAGUGAGCCACUCAUAUGGGUAUGGUCUGCUUGAUGCCAGUGCGAUCGUGGCUCUGGCUGAGAACUGGACCAACGUCGGGCCCCAGAAGAAAUGUGUGCUGUCCAUGGUGGCAGAGCCCAGGAACAUUGGGAGCCACCUGCUGAUCACCAAGACAGUGGACGGCUGCGUUGGGACAGCCAACCAUGUGAGCUCCCUAGAACAUGCCCAGGCCCAGCUCACCCUCUCCUACAACCGCAGGGGCAACCUGGGCAUCUACCUGACCAGCCCACAGGGCACCCGCUCCACACUGCUCGCUCCCAGGCCUCAUGACUACUCGUCAGAGGGCUUUAAUGACUGGGCCUUCAUGACCACACACUCCUGGGACGAGGACCCCCGGGGGGAGUGGACCCUGGAGAUAGUGAACAUGGCUGGGGCCAGCGACUAUGGCACUCUGACUCAGUUCACCCUGGUGCUGUAUGGUACAGGCUCAGACUCUCCCAGCUCCACAGCCAAGGACCUCUCUCAGUCCAGUAAUGGCAGCUGUAAGACUUUUGACCUACAGCAGAUCUGCAUUGAGUGCAAUGGUGGCUACUACCUCUUCCAGCAGGGCUGUGUGAGGGACUGUCCAGCAGGCUACACUGCAGGCUCCCAGCUCCUAAAUUACACCAUGGGGAACUUUGUGGAUCCAGCCUCCGUCCCCUCCUGCCUGCCCUGCCGACCCCCCUGCCUCACCUGCAGCGGCCUCAGCCCCAGCGCCUGCCUCUCCUGCCCCCCUCACAGCCACCUGGACCCUGUGUCCAGCACCUGCCUGCACCUCAACCAGAUCCAGAGGGAGUCCCCCGGCAACUUCAUGGUGGGCCAGGGCAACGCCGGUCCCCGCACAGAACUCAGCUCCCACCUGCCCGUCACCAUCGCUGUGCUCAGCUGCAUGGUCAUCAUGGCCACCUUUGCUGGGGUGUUCGUUCUGCUGCAGCUGAGAUCUGGAGUCCUGGCCAAACUGCCCUCACUGGAGGAGGCAGGCUCAGGCCUGAGGGGGGGCUUCGGCCUGGGUGGCAGCAGCAAAAUGGUUUCGUACCGCGGUAUCCCUACAGUUUGGGGCGACGAGGGGGCGAACACUGACUCUGACAACGAUGAGUUUGACGUCCACAAUGAGAAGACUGCCUUUAUCAAAACACAAAGUGCUCUUUAACCCCCUCCUGUCUUCCUAUUCCUGCUUUCUACUGCCUCUCCCCCAAUCACUCUGACUCGUCUAAUUCCGGGCUCCCUAGCCUCCUCAUGGUCCCCUCCUCUGGUUUCUCUUUCCCUGUUUCGCUCCCUCGUUCUUCCUGUCCUCGGGUUUCAUCCCCCAGGUUUAGUGUUCCACUCUGCAGUGGGUGACCUGAUGGGAGACUGGAGUCACAUGGAAUGGGGAUGGCCUGGGUGUGCUCGGCGCUCGCUUCACACUCGGGUGCUUUUCUAUUAAAUGGGCUCUCUGUGCCCUUUCGCCCUCAAUCACCAACAGACAGAGUGUGUCUGAACACAGCCCAUUUCCCGUACGGCUCCAGGGUUUCCAUGUCACAAUAAACAAACGAUUAUUGUUUGCUCUCUCCCUCCUUUUUUAUAUUUUUUUCAUCUCCAGUUCCAUUGCAGUAGCCGGAUGAGAUUGUAAAUUGGGGGUAGACAGCUGUGUGUGUGCGUGCUGAGUGGACAGCGAGAUCGGGGUAGGGUUCUGAGAAGCCACAGCAGAGUCCUCAUAGUUCCAGUGUUUUGGUGAAUCAGCCCCAGGCCCUCUCAGAGCUGCUGAGUGUGUGUCCAUGCUGCAGUAUGAGACUGUAUCUCUCUCUCAGCUAUGGCUGGAUACAUGGCUAUGAGACUAGCAACGCUCACUCUCCCCUCGGCAUGGAAUUCAGGAGGCGUUCUGCUUAUUCAGAGCGGUUUAGGAAUGCUGGAUUCAUGUGAUUCUGAGGGUUAUAUAAAGUCCCCUGACCUCCGCCCCUCUCUGCUCUCCAGUGUGGGGGAUGGAGGAGAGAUGGGGUUUGGACUGAGUGCUCGCUCGCUGCCAGAUCCCCAAAGAUAGGUCAGCAGUUCACCCAGCUACGCCUCCACACUUUACUGGGCCUCAGAGUUUAGAUCAAAAUAAUAUUGCCUCUAUGAUUAAAACCCCAUUCCCAAGAAAAAGUACCUAGGAAGAAUUAAAUUGGCUUUCCACUCAAGGCUUCUAAUUGCUCAGCUACUGAGGAUGAGAGUGGUAGUGAGAUAUAUUGUGGAUGGGGCUCAGUACAGUAGAAGUUACUUUUUUUAACACAAGGGCUCCUGUGGGCUUCUCUGAGCAGCUAUACAGGUAGUGAGAGGAGUGUGUGAUAGAGAGAAGGGUUUUACACACUGCAGAGGAGAGAGAGAAUAACAAAGCCUGGCCAUGAUUACCAGAUGGGGCUCUCCACUCUCCCUACUCUGCUGCUCUUUUAAUGCUGUUCAUCACACACACAUAGCACUAUGUUGGUCUUAUAACUUACUGAAACAAGAGGUAGGGUGUGUGUAUGUGUCUUUGUGUGUCUGAGUGUGUGCCGGCCAAGUGUUUGAGCAGGUGUCUAGUUGAGCAAUAGGAGGGAAUGACUACAUUAGGAAUACUAAGGAUGUGGUUGGGUUUGUAGGCUGAGCUAUGAUACUGGUUGGCCUUUGGAGUUGUAGCUUCCCUGUCUGCUUUUCUUUAAAGAACUGGCUAUGUUAAAGAACUGAGUCAGCUUCUCUCCACUCGCCCUCCAGUCAUCAUCAGGGAUGUCGAUGAAAACUAGAGAUAAUCGGUUUCAUAUACUUGCCAAUGAAUUAUACCCUGAACGACACUACAGCUCAGAUGUGUUCCAAGGGAUGUUUUUUUCUACUCAUACUGUAUCUUUAUUGAAAAACCUUAAAGUGAAUUGUUGACUACAUAUCUUCAUUCUACAAUCUGCACCUCAUUAAUCCAUCCAUUGGACAAAUAUUGGAUCCAUCCAUCCAUCUAUCUUUUUUUUCUUUUUUUAUGUUGAAGUUAUUUUUCAUUUCCAGCAGAUAAUAGGAGGCUUCACUGAGAGGGGUUGUCAUAGUGACAAUAUGCAUAUAAGAUUGAUGCAGCUGCUCAUCCCGUCCUCUCACUCAGAUCACACAGCAACGGCAGCAGAGUAUAUAUGUUCUAUAGCAAUUAUGAAUGAUUAUAUAGGUCAAAGGUGAAAGCUUUUCAGAGAAGGAUAUUUCUUUUGAAGAGUAGGAGUUUUCCUUUCACUGAUUUACACAUCUACAGUAAUAAUAAGACUGAAAUGUCUUUAUCUACAGUGCCAGGGCUGUAGGGCUGCAGUCUCUCUCCUUUUCUCUCUCUCUCCUCCCCUACUCUGUCUUGGCACAACUUAAAGGUAAUUUCAUAUAUCCUGAUUUAUGCCCUCUGAAUAUAUCGUUUUCAGGAUUGUUUUCUAAGGGGGGUGAUCCCUGUGCUUUAAAUCUUAUGUAAUUAAAAACAUUGCUGAGGAAGACAAUCUCCAAUACACAGACUGGGGGGGUUGCUAUCCUCUGAUUGCAAAGUAAUGACGGCCAACUUUGAGCAAAAGAUGUCAUUAUUACAAAGAUGGAAUAGUGUGCCGUUUGGCCCUGGCUGAUGUAAAGUACAGUAAUGCUGUUAUUGAUGAUCAUUUGUUCCCUUAAAAUGAAGAAGUAACUGAUAAAUUCUUAGGGAUUGUUCUACCUACCAGAAUUAUAGUUGAGCUGCAGCUGAGGCAAUCAUUUUAAUGCCCCAACGUACUUCCCCCACUUACAUUAUUGCCUCUAAGUUGGUCACUCCUGAAUGUGGAAAUCUCUAUUGCAUUAUAACACUAUGCCUAAGAGAAUGGACAGCUGCUGGGAAGGAGGUUGCGCUCCUUGCAGUGCAGCCUCAAUACUACAGCUGACUGCAGCAGAGUUUCUGGCAUUACCAAAGAUGGGGCAAUUUAGAGUUGUGUUCAGUACAGUUCUGCUCCAGAUUGCUGAGCCUGAAAUGGGGAGAUGACGCAAUCUGAGGUUUUCUAUAUGCAUUGAUUCAUAAAUCAGAUGAAUUUGUCAUUUUUUAGCUAUUUCUGUUAUUCCUGCUUUUUAAUGCAGAGAGACCUUUCCCUCUCCACCCCCUGCUGGGUGACAGUGGUGGAGCUGAGAUACAGCGUUGGAUGUGGAGGGAGCAGAUUGAGAAUGUAUCCCAUCCCCAUACACUAAAGGGCUGUAUGAGGGUGUGUGUGUGUGUGUGUGUGUGUGUGUGUGUGUGUGUGUGUGUGUGUGUGUGUGUGUGUGUGUGUGUGUGUGUGUGUGUGUGUGUGUGUGUGUGUGUGUGUGUGUGUGUGUGUGUUACAACUACAGAAGAAACACUCUCAUGGGGGUUAAACAGAGCUCUGGACACGGCCCAUGCAGCUCUGUCCACCUCUCCACACCUCUCCUCAUGAAGUCUUUGGCCUGGGGCUACAUACAGUACCUAACAGAAACAGUGACCUAUGAAUAAUGUAAAAGAAUGACUACCUUAAGAUGGGACAUAACUCUAAAAUAAGGCCUAUUUUUGUACUAUAUAUAUGGUGCAGUGUAAUUUUCUUGUAAUUUAAAGAUUUGUUUUGCUCUUGUUAAAUUUGUCAUUUUUAUUUAAUUGAUAGAUUCUAUGAAAAAUAAAGAUCUAUGCAAACUUCA